AUGGCAUCAGUUAGUAUAUUUAGCAAAGAGGAUGAUAACCUUAUCAUACAAUAUAUGAAAGAGUUUGGUCAUCAUCGAAACCCUUUCACAUUGACUAGCAGCUUAAUGCCAAAAUACACAAGAAAGCAAAUUCGUCAACGUAUAUAUCACGGACCCUUAGGAGAUCGUGAAAAAAAUUAUAUUAUUGAACUAGCACAAAAACAUCGAAUGUCAAAAGUCAUUAAUUGGAAGCAUGUGAUUUGUGAUUUGGAAAGACAAUUUGAUAAGCAUUAUUCUCAAAAUCAAAUUAAAAAUUAUUGGUACGCAAACCAGAGAUAUAUACUAUCAUACCGUAAUAUGCACCUUUCCAAACCUCUUUUCGAUGAUGAACAAUAUCAAAAUUAUUCCCCUUUGUUACCCACAAUGGAACCUACAUCACAUGAACCUAAAUUUAAUAAACCCUAUAAGAUGCAACCUUUAUAA